AAAAAUGGUCCACAUCAAAAAAAAAAAAAUCUUAAAAAAAGAAGUCACGUUGACCCAACGUGGAGGACAGACUGGGUGGAGAGACAAGAAGAGCCUUAGCCAAGGGCUGGAGUCACGCACUGCCCCCAGUCCCCUCCUCAGAACCACACCUUACACUUGCGUAGUCCCUGUUCACACAGUGCUCACACAUUGUGUUCAUCUGAAGGGAGGCGCUGUCUAAUGUGGACCCUGUCAUCCCGGGAUUUGGCCACGGGGUGAAAUGCCCAAGAUUGCCCGGGGAAUCGCCAGCCAGCUCACCAGAGCAGCCCGGUGCUCUAUGAAGCCCGUCCCGCUUUCCUUGCAAUCGCCAGCCUGACGUCUAGGUGGCGCCAAAACCUCACACUGAUUCCUCCCAGGUUGGGGCACCGCCCACGCCCGGGAACGGAGUUGUUCCAACUCAGUCCCUGCAGACUCCAGCUCAACUCAGCUGGCUGCCAGCUCAGCUUUCUGGGUUCCGUUCCGUCCAAGUACAGGGGCUGCAAACUUGCAAUUGUUGUUUCUGUUCUGCCUUCUACUUGGCUGGGACCCUGGCCUCCUCUAGGGAAAAGUAGGUGGGUCAGCCCUCACCCUCCCAUCUCAGCUUCAGGGACAUCACAGAGCAAGUACUGCAGCUGUUCUUUUCAAAUGUAAAAAAUAAUUUUACUGAAAAUAUAAUGACAUUAAGUUCACUUUUAAACUUAAUUUUUAAAAAAAUUAUCGAAGCAAUGUAUUCACAUGGUUCAACACAAUAGGCUCCAUUGACCCUCUUCAGAUAAUUAAAAUAUUGUUAACAAUUCAGCCACUCGCCCAACACCACCGGCAUAUACUACGUUUUCCAGAUCACCACCCACUGUUCUGAUAUUGCUUUUAACUGUAGCUGGUUAACAAAAUGGGAAAGAAUUCUUCAUUCAUUCAUUCCUUCUGCAAGUAUUUACUGUGAGUCAUUAGGCUAGGCUUUAUUGGAGGCACCGGGGAGGGCGAGGAAUUAAACAAGGUCCCUUCUGGCUGCGCUCACCUCCCAGCGGUGGAGCCGGACGGAGAGCCAGGGGCUAAGUCCCAGGAAGGAAAAUAGGGCAGGAUGCGGGGUGAGGGUGAUGGGGGGGUGUCAGUGGUCAAGAGAGAUCCUUCUGAGAAAGUGACAUUGAGCCGAAAACUAAAUAAAAAUUUGGGAGCAAUUUGCUGGGGGAGGAACUACACCUGUGGGUUGUGGAGCAGCUCCUCCCGCGCAAGCUUAACGAACACGAGGGUCAGGAUUCUUAGCGCCUCUCGGCCUGCUGCCCGCCCCUCACCGCCCCCGGCUCCCUCUCUUCCCAGGGCGCUGCCCCUUCCGGGGAGCGUGUGUGCGAGUGUGCGUGUGUGUGUGUGUGUGUGUCAGUGUGUGUGUUGCGGGGAAGGGGUCCUUCACCUCCCCGGGCCCCGGCUCCCUCUCCACUUCCACCCCCAGCGGCCCCUCCCCGGUGAGCGCGCCCACCUCCCCAUCCCCUAUCCUUCCCCUUCCCCAGGAGGAACGCAGAGCCGCAGCCGCGGGGAAACGUAAAGUUUCUGCAGCUCAAAAGUGACGCACAAAUUCUUUAAGAGCUCUUUGGCGGCGGAUAUCUAGAGAUCAGACCAUGUGAGGGGCCGAGAGUACAAAUACGGCCGCGCGGGCGUCGGCGUCGGCACAAGCAGCGACGCCCCGGUGCCUCGAGGGCGCGAGGGUCGCCCGCCUCGGAAGCUCCGGACCGGCCUCUGCGGACUCCCGGCAGAGCUCUCAACCCCAUUGAUAUCAAGUGCUGAGGAGACUCACAGAUCUGAGCACUAAGAAUUCAGGUCGGUCCUCGGCACAUGGGCGUCAGCAUCGUCUACUAGCUAGUAGGAUGGAGACCACACCCUUAAAUUCCCAGAAGGAGCUAACAGCAUAUGUGGAUGGAGAAGACUGUCAAGGAAACAGUGUUCUACAGAGGGGUGUCCCUGUCCCUGGGGAUAAGGCGGAGUCCAGCCAAAUCUCGAAUGGGUACUCAGCAGUUCCAAGCCCCAGUGCAGAAGACACUCAGCAUUCCAUCCCGGCUGCCACCACCACCCUAGUGGCUGAGGUUCAUCCAGGGGAACGGGAGACCUGGGGCAAGAAGGUGGAUUUCCUCCUCUCCGUCAUUGGCUAUGCUGUGGACCUGGGCAACGUCUGGCGCUUUCCCUACAUCUGUUACCAGAAUGGAGGUGGGGCAUUCCUCCUCCCCUACACUAUCAUGGCCGUUUUCGGGGGGAUCCCGCUCUUCUACAUGGAGCUCGCGCUGGGCCAGUACCACCGAAAUGGAUGCAUUUCGAUAUGGAGGAAAAUCUGCCCGAUUUUCAAAGGGAUCGGUUACGCCAUCUGCAUCAUUGCCUUUUACAUCGCCUCCUACUACAACACCAUCAUGGCCUGGGCGCUCUACUACCUCAUCUCCUCUUUUGCGGCCCAGCUGCCCUGGACCAGCUGUAAGAACUCCUGGAACACUGGCAACUGCACCAACUACUUCUCCGAGGACAACGUCACCUGGACACUCCACUCAACAUCCCCUGCAGAAGAAUUUUAUACGCGCCACGUCCUGCAGAUCCACCGGUCAAAGGGGCUCCAGGACCUGGGGGGCAUCAGCUGGCAGCUUGCCCUCUGCAUCAUGCUGAUCUUCACUGUUAUCUACUUUAGCAUCUGGAAAGGUGUCAAAACAUCUGGCAAGGUGGUUUGGGUAACAGCCACCUUCCCUUACAUCAUCCUUUCGAUCCUGCUGGUGAGGGGGGCCACCCUCCCCGGAGCCUGGAGGGGAGUUCUCUUCUAUUUGAAACCCAACUGGCAGAAACUCCUGGAGACAGGGGUGUGGGUGGAUGCGGCCGCCCAGAUCUUCUUCUCUCUCGGUCCUGGCUUUGGGGUCCUGCUGGCUUUCGCGAGCUACAACAAAUUCAACAACAACUGUUACCAAGACGCCUUGGUGACCAGCGUGGUGAAUUGCAUGACGAGCUUCGUUUCAGGAUUUGUCAUCUUCACAGUGCUGGGGUAUAUGGCUGAGAUGAGGAACGAAGAUGUGUCUGAGGUGGCCAAAGAUGCAGGCCCCAGCCUGCUCUUCAUCACAUAUGCGGAAGCCAUAGCCAACAUGCCGGCAUCCACGUUCUUUGCCAUCAUCUUCUUCCUGAUGUUAAUCACACUGGGCUUGGACAGCACAUUUGCAGGCUUGGAGGGGGUGAUCACAGCCGUGCUGGAUGAGUUUCCACACAUCUGGUCUAAGCGCCGGGAGUGGUUUGUGCUCAGCGUGGUCAUUACCUGCUUCUUUGGAUCCCUCAUCACCCUGACUUUUGGAGGGGCCUAUGUGGUGAAGCUGCUGGAGGAGUUUGCCACGGGACCCGCAGUGCUCACUGUUGCCCUGAUAGAAGCAAUUGCUGUGUAUUGGUUCUAUGGCAUCAAUCAGUUCUGCAGUGACGUGAAGGAAAUGCUUGGCUUCAGCCCUGGAUGGUUUUGGAGGAUCUGCUGGGUAGCCAUCAGCCCUCUGUUUCUCCUGUUCAUCAUUUGCAGUUUUUUGAUGAGCCCACCACAGCUACGACUUUUUCAGUAUAAUUAUCCUCAGUGGAGCAUCAUCCUGGGUUACUGCAUAGGAACCUCAUCUUUCAUCUGCAUCCCGAUGUAUAUAACUUAUCGGCUGAUCAUCACUCCAGGGACACUUAAGGAGCGUCUUAUUAAAGGUAUCACUCCAGAAACACCGACAGAAAUUCCCUGUGGGGAUAUCCACUUGAACGCUGUGUAAAACAUCAACGAAAGGAAAAUGGCUUCCCAACAAGCUCUUCCUCCAGUUCUGACAAGUCACACCUCGCCUUCCCCCUCUAAGUCAAUGAGCUGCCAGCUAAGCCUGCCGAUGGAAGGGCCUUCUUCAUAGAGACACAGUCCCAAAAGACUAUGGUGCCCAGACUCUUAUGGCCUCCAGCCACUUAUUUCUGUGAAAUCUCCCAGACAUGUUAUCAUGUUAGACUCUGUGAUGCAGCUGAAGUGGACUGCUUUGGAUGUGGGAGGGUGUGUAUGGAGGUGAUGAAAACCACAAUAUCGUCAGUUAGGAUUAGGUUUAGGAUCAAGUCUGUGAAAGUCUCCUGUAUCAUUCCUUGUUACGAUCAUCAGUAUUUAACAUCGUUUGCUUCCAAAGGUUUCACUGUUCAUGAAUGCAUAAACCAUUUAGAAGAAAACAGGGAUACUGUCUUGCUAGCCAUAUAUUUCCUGAGUAGCAUAGAAUUCUACUAUAGCUGGAAUCUACUAGAACCCUGUAACCUGUGUACUGCUCUGGAGUCAGGAGAGGAAGAUGUAAGAAGCUAAGCUGAAAAAUAAUGUGUACAUGUGAGCAUGUGUGUUUGUGUAUACUGUUGUUCCAGUGUAUCCCUAUCUCCAUUCUAAUACUUUGGGCCCAUUACAAACUUUAUGAAUUUCCUCUAGUUUUUCUUACAUUAACAAAUUCCACCUACUGAAAUUUGUAUGUAUGUUAUUAUUUGAAGGGUAUAAUUACUACAACACAAUCUGCCACCCGCUCCUUUUCCAAUGAACUUUAGCCCAUACAUCUUCCUUUAUGGGCCAUGCUUUAGUAUUUCUUGCACUUCACUGCCAUCUUCUUGUCUCUCUCUGCUAAACAUUCAGGAUAAUGUUCCACAGGCAAAUCUGGCCUAUUUCAUUAGUCACUGUGGCUUGGCUAUGAACUACUUUGAAGAUGAAUAUUGAUAAAUGCAUCUUCAGUGUUCAGUUGACUAUCUGGUUUAAGCUCUACUUCAAAUGACUCAGUUUAACCAUUAAGGUUACUUGGCUUUGUGAAGAAUGGAUAAAUCAAAUUUUCACAGAGUGUAGAGCUCUGGUACCCUGACCUAAACCAAGGUCAUCCUCAACCCAAAAGUAAUUGGAGAAUCUGGGUUAGCCUUAAAUGAACCUCCCCCCAACCCCUUGACCCUUCCUGGUUGGCUACCAGGAUACUGAGCCCUCCAGAUAAUUUUUAAGACUGAGUCUAAGUAAGCCUGAUUGGAAAAGGGUCAGUUAAGUGAAUAACCUUACACGCCACAUAAAACCCUUAAUACAGAUCAAGUACAUUUGACCUUCAGUGGCUUGGGACUCUCAGAUGCAUAAGUAGAGAAGCAAAUUUUACCUUGUAGUGUGAGAUUUCCUUACCAAAAUCUUAAAGGGAGUAAAGCCUAGUCAAUGAUAAAA